AUGGGUCCUGUCGCAGAAUCUGCAGGAAUUGCUGGGACUGCUUGGACGAUGAGGAAUACCCGUGCCGCGGCACUUGCACUGCUUGCUACAAAUGCAGAGAAUGUAAGCUGCCGCCUCAAGACCGGCCCGGAUCAGCGUUCUUCAAAUAAACAGAUGUGGUCACUGGUGUAUUUUAAGUUUACCCAACUUUCGAUCAGAAGGAGAUUAAGAAAGUUUUGCUAAAAGGAAAUAAUAAAGAUUUUUUACAUCUUCACUUAGUAGUUUUACGUCGGAUUCUACUUCAAAGAAAGAAAGAUACAGCAGAACUAGUCACGCCCUUAACCAGAAAAAUUGUCACAAUCAAUAAUAAGCUGAGAUAAGUAGAGUACUUCGAUUGUGUCUCAAAAUCAGCUGCUGAAUCGAAAGCCCACACUUAAAUUUUUGUGGUCAUACGCUUGCUUCUGAGUGAAUGAUACCUGUGGCUGCUGGUACCCCAAAGAUGGGGGUUGCAGCUGCAUUGAAACACUGAAUUGUAUUUCAAACAAAUGCAUUAUCUAAUGUUUUGUUACACUGGUUGUACCAACUAAUGCUAACUGCAAACUGUUAUAUGUGGAUGCCAGAAGCAUCAUGUUUCUUCGAUUUCCCAAUUAUGAGGUUUGAAUAAUUUAAACGUAACCAAAAGAAGAUUCCUUAUGCCAUUCAAAACCAGUUUUAUCCAUGUACCGUCACUUCCAAAUAAACUUUGCGAUUACCGCAG